AUGAGCCGAUCUUCAAAAAAUAUUCUUCUGGAUGGAUCUGGACUUGAAAAGAGUCUACGAAUAGUGAAGAAUGAAGCUGAGGAACAACUGGAAAACUUCCUGGCACCGGUUGCGGAACUUGCCGAUGAUAUUAGCAGUGGACGUUCAAAAGUUGUAAAACCGACCCCGGGCAUUUGCAUAAAAGCAUUCAAAAAAGGAACGAAGGAAAAGUUUUUCAUCAACCUGUGCCAAACGGACUGCAUUCCACCACCUCGCGAUAUUACCGAGGAUGAGCUGAUCCAGCUGCUGAAUGAUGGGGAUCCGAACGGGUUCCGAGUUCCGAUGAGCAUAAUGCAGCCUCGCGAUGUUCUUGACAAGUCCAGCCAGAACUGCCAGGUGUGCGAUAUCGCUAUAAAUUCAACAUUUUUCGAAAGGAUCGAUACCGAGGGCGGUUUAAUGCGCGAAUUUCUGAUCAGCGUGCUAUUCGAUGGUGUGGAAAAUAAAUACAGCAUCGCGCUGGACGAGAGCAACUUUCGCAUACUAAAGAACAAAAAGGUGAUGGGUAAGCUCAUGCCGCACAAUAUUCAGAAUCGAGACGUGAAGCAGGUGCUCGAAAGCUAUCCAAAUCCGACGGAGGCAGAUCGUGCACUCUUGCAUGAGCUGAACAACCCAAGACCGGUUGGGGCAAUGGGAAAGAAACCGCUCAUUGAAGAGAUCGACGCGGGGUCACUGAAAACGGCAAAGAAUGAAACAAAUAGCACGCGUUCUGCAGGACCAGCCAAUAGUAGCGAGGCUUAUGUACCUGAUCCAACGAAGUUAGCGAUAUCGCAAGCUGCAUCGAAGAAGCCUGAGAGCAAAUUGUUCCGUGAACCACCCUCUGGAAGGGCAAAACGAUUGAUCGGCGAGUUCCAUCUACCAGAAUGUGUUUCUUCGAGCGAAAUCACCUUGAACGUUGGCGAAGAUCGAAUAUUGCUGGAAGCGCGUAAGAAAGGCUAUCUGUUGGAUAUCUUCGUGGACUAUCGAAUCGAUGAGACGCAAGUUGAGGCCGAAUUCGAUACAUCAACCAAAAUCCUGCAAGUGACGAUGCCAGUAUUGGCGGCUUAAUGGAGAA